UAUUAAACUGUUUAUUUAUAUAAAUGAUAGAAAUAUCAAGUUUCUAUUAAAUACUUCAUCAUUGUUUUGGUUUGUCACACCUCCAACAGAAUUAAAAUUACUAAAAUCCUAAUACGCAUAGGCUAAAAUUAUUCGAAGCAGACCUGCCUUGGCAGUAUAACGUUUGAAAAAGACUAAAUAAGGACGUCUUUAAGACGUUCUGGUAUCACGGGAACGUCUCUUAAAUCUCUUUAAAACGAAAAAAGGAUGACUUCUUUUAGUGAUGCGGUAGGAAAAAAGCAAUGAGAGCUACAAGAACAGACAAAUGAAUUAUUAAAAAGAGACAUUAAUUUAAUGUCAAAUCAAUUAUAACUAACACCAAGGGCCUAAUGUUUUAAUAACAUGCAGUUAGCAUCGAAAAUAUUGUCUAGCAGCAAUGUAACGCUUUCUGGCUAAAGCUGGUUCUUAAAUUCUUCUUUUUUUGAAGUUGGUUUUACGCAUAAUGGUUACUAGUAUAAGGCUAUUAAAUAAUAUCACAAAGUAGAUUUCAAGCUUAAACAUGCUGUAAGUCAUUAGAUAGCUAGCGGUUUUUCCAAAAGCCAUAAGGUAGCGUUGUUAAGAUGUUCUUAUAUCAUAUAAUUUAAAUCGGCUUAAGAUUGUGUAAUUUUUAUCAAAGCAUGAAGUAUGUGUUCCCACUUGAUUUCCUUACAAAAGCUAUUGCGCCUGUCCAGCAGAUUUGCUACUUAAUGGUUAUUUUCCUCUAGCAAUUUCAGCGUAUGAUACACAGAAAAAGGCGCAAUGUAUCAAAUCCUCACCAUCCUUAUGUUUGCAUAUCUUGCAUAUGUAGAGUGCGAUGAAGUUUGCACUGCUGACUGGAAUUACAAAGGGGGGAAACUCAAUGGACCAAAAGACUGGUAUAAAACUAAUCCCCAAUGUGCUGGCAGUCUUCAGUCGCCGAUAAACAUUGACCUUUCACGAACAAUUCGAACAAGUAGAAAGAACAUAAUUUCAUUUCACAACUACAACAAGCCACCAAAAACUGGAGAAACUUAUACAUUUAGUAACAAUGGACACACGCUUGUUAUUGAUAUUCCAGAAAGCACUCUCUAUUAUUUAAAGAAAGGUGGAAAUAAAUUUGUGCCAAUCCAAGCGCAUAUCCACUUUGGCUCACCUAUAAAAAAAGGAUCCGAGCAUUCGUUAAAUAGAAAGUUUUUUCAAGGCGAGAUGCACCUUGUUCAUCGAAAUGCAAAGUACAGGCUGGCAGAAGUGUCUCAACACAGUGAUGGGCUGCUUGUCAUAGGAGUGUUUUUGAAACUAACAGUAUGGAGAAGGUCGAGUUCAAUCUUUUCGCAGUUAGGUGGUCAUGCGGGUGAACUUAAUCAACAAGGGAACAGUGUAAAGGUCCCGGCAUUUCCUUUGGCUAAUUUUAUACCAUGCCGUGCUAACUUGAAACGUACACCAUAUGUCAACUACCGUGGCUCGUUGACCACACCACCAUGCACUGAGAAUGUUGAUUGGGUUGUACUUACCAGUCGUGUGCAUACAAUUAACCUCCGAGAUCUACGAGCAAUUAAUAAAGUUCUGGAUUGUGAAAAUUUACCAAUGUACGGAAAUUAUCGGCCAGUACAAGCAACAAAUGGACGGAAGUUGUACGGAGUCAACAUGAGACCAAAGCAUAAAACAAGAAAAUUUUGGUACUAGUAAUUACGUAUAGUCUCUUCUAGUGUUGUUACAAUUCUUAAAAAGAGAAUAAAUCUUUGUAACGUGAGGUUCUGUUGUGCGAAUAAUUAAAACUUACGUCGUUGUCCUUGUGGAACGUAAACAUCCGGAUUUCUCGAUUUUUUUAGACCCCCCCAAAAAAAAAAAAAAAAAU